AUGUCCGCUGUGCCUCAAUUGCAUGCUUGCACGGCCGAAGUACUGCAUGUUCAGGCUGAACGCGAUCAAGGCGUUGCGUGCAGCUACAUCAGUACCGUAGGCAGGCACCACGAGCACGAGGAGCGCUGCGACUGGGCCCCGGACACCUGCCCCUGCUGCCACGAACUGCACGCAAAGCAGUGCCUCAAGGCUCAUGUGCGCACGUGUGUGCUUGAGAAAUGCGCACAUCGCUUCCGGUGGACCCCUCGAACGCGCAAGAAGCGCGCCGGCUUCGCCAACCAUCUCAUCCCACUCGUCCUCUCGAUCAUGCUCUUCUGCGCCAUAUCCGCUACUGCUCGCAAGUUGAAGGAGGGCCGCGCAUCAGUCGCGUUGAGCCAGCCAUGA